UCUUCCGCCAGAUCAAACUAGAAACUAGACCAAACAACAUGAGACACAAACACCAAAAAGAGCAUAGUGUAACUAUACGUAUUUUAUAAACAACGACAACCAAUAAAGUGUCUGCUGGUGGGUGUGUGCCUUGGAUCUGAUCUGAAUGGUUAAGGACGGGCAGCACAAGCAUCUUUUGUGUGGAGAUGUUUGUAGUGGGGUGAGUAACAGCGUGACUGUGACACGAGUGAUUAGCAAUGCAAAGCUCGGGUACUGCAGAAUAGUCUGCACUGGGGAAACAUCAACCCUUUCCUGUGCGAGUGCGAAUUCAACCUCUUCAUCUGCUCAGGGACCUCACCAACCGCAGAUCUGGAACCAAAAAUGAACUGGGCGUCUUUUUAUGCCGUGAUCAGCGGCGUGAACCGGCAUUCUACCGGCAUUGGGCGGAUUUGGCUGUCUGUCCUCUUCAUUUUCCGGAUCAUGGUUCUGGUGGUGGCGGCGGAGAGCGUGUGGGGCGAUGAGAAAGCACACUUCAUCUGCAACACCCAGCAGCCUGGCUGCAACAGUGUCUGCUAUGACCAUUUCUUCCCCAUCUCUCACAUCCGACUGUGGGCGCUGCAGCUCAUCAUGGUCUCUACCCCCGCCCUGCUGGUUACCAUGCACAUUGCACAUCGUCGGCAUAUCGACAAAAAGUUGUAUCGGCAAGCUGGCCGCACCAGUCCAAAAGACAUAGAGCAGAUAAAAAACCAAAAGAUGAAGAUUACUGGCGCCCUUUGGUGGACAUAUAUGAUCAGUCUGCUGUUCCGUGUGUUAUUCGAAUCUGCAUUUAUGUAUCUGUUCUACAUGAUUUACCCGGGAUACAAGAUGUUCCGGUUGGUAAAGUGUGACUCGUACCCGUGCCCAAACAUAGUCGACUGCUUUGUGUCCCGACCGACAGAGAAAACAGUGUUCACUAUAUUCAUGCUUGCUGUGUCCGGCAUCUGCAUCCUGCUCAACAUCGCAGAAAUCGUCUUUCUUGUGGCAAGGGCAACAAGUCGUCAUCUCAAUAACUCCAAGGAUUCCCCAGUGGGGGCCUGGAUCUCUCAGAAACUGUUCUCCCUUUAGAAGCGCUGGUCCUCUCACUCUCCGAAACCUACAUAGGCUAUUUCACAAAAAUACUUAAUGUUAAUGAGGGCUAAAGUCAUUGAUCGUGUUUUUAAAAUUUUAUAACUCAGAACACUUUUUAAAAUGUGUACAUAAUAUUACUCCACACAAUUUUAGAGCAAUAUUGAAAUAAAUUCACACUGCUGUAUGAAAUGAUAUACUCAUAUUGUCCCUAAAAACAAUGCAAUUAAAAAUGUAAUAUUUGAUGAAAAAGAUUUUGUUUUGCAAAUGGGAAAGAUGUUCCAAUUUAUUCUUCAGCUGUACUUUAUCUUGUAGAUCAGGGGGCCUCCCCAAACUGUGUUCCAAAAAUCCUUUAAAUGUACUUAUAUUAACAUAAUCUUAAUUGAAAAUGCUAAAACACUAAAAAAUAAAGACGUACAACAUUAA